AUGGCUUCUGUACAGCAGCUCUUCUCCCUCCAAGGCCAGACCGCUCUGGUCACUGGCGGCACCCGUGGAAUCGGUCAAGCAAUGGCCAUCGCCCUCGCUGAAGCCGGCGCAGACAUCCUCCUAGUCCAGCGCGACGAGUCCAACCAAUCCACCCUCCAACAAAUCCGAUCCCUCGGCCGCAAAGCCCAAAUUUACACCGCCGACCUCGCCUCCCGCGACUCCGUCUCCUCGCUCGUCAAAAAAGUAAUCUCCGACGGCUACCAAAUCCACAUUCUCCUAAACUGCGGCGGCAUCCAACGCCGCCAUCCCGCCCACCAGUUCCCCGACAACGACUGGGAUGAAGUGUUGAAUGUAAACCUGAAUUCAGUGUUUACUCUCUGCAGAGAUGUGGGCGCUCACAUGCUGUCUCGCGAGGCAGAUGUCCAUGGUCGCAGAGGUGCGAUUAUCAACAUCGCUUCCCUCCUCUCCUUCCAAGGCGGGUUUACAGUGCCCGCUUAUGCUGCUUCCAAGGGUGGCGUAGCUCAACUCACAAAAGCGCUGAGUAAUGAGUGGGCAUCAAAGGGUAUCAAUGUCAAUGGCAUUGCACCGGGUUACAUUGCGACGGAGAUGAAUGAUGCGCUGAUGAAGGACAAGACGCGCAGUGAACAGAUUAUGGCCAGGAUACCUGCUGGACGAUGGGGUGCUCCUGAGGACUUUAAAGGUCCGGUGGUGUUUCUGGCAUCCAGGGCUAGUGGAUAUGUGAGUGGUGAGAUUUUGACGGUGGAUGGCAGUUGGAUGGCUAGGUAG